UCCGUAGAAACGUCCUCAAAAGGGGACCAGAUGCCGGGUAGAAAAACAACUUUUCAACCAUUUUAGCUAAAAGUUCCCCAGAGCAAGGUCUCCAGAUGCAAACAUUCAUUUCUUAAUUCGUUUUGCUACGUCUAGAAGAGUUCAAUUUAUCUGUCUUCGUUGCAAUUUCAUAGCUUCGCUUGGUCUACCGAAGCAAGUUAUUGUAGGCGGGGUCAUGGCAUGCCGCGAUCACAUUUCUCAAACGUGUUUUCUCGCUUGCUUGGAAUUUGUUACCAUUUACACAGUUAUGUAAAGUGUCGAUGACCACUUGUUGUUUUGAUCUGAUAUAACUUCACAGUUUAUGGGCAUUGCUGUUCUUAUAUAAUGGAAAGUCCGUAGUAAAAUUUAGAACACGUGGACCAAAUUUUACAGGAAAACGGAAUUUUCGUGCAUGCGUAAUAAAGCCUGUCAUGGCCAUAUGAUACAAUGGCCAUUGUCAUGGUAUGUGGUUAAUGAAGGAAUUUAGUGUUUUAUUUGAUUGAUGGGUUACUAUUUCUAUAUUGAAUGAUGUUCAACAGUUAUCAAUGGAAGAAAUUAAAUGAAGGAGGUCCAGAAGACGUCCCACAGCAAUACUACCAACAGCCUUUGAUUAAACAGCCGUUUAAUAUACCACCACCACAGGCUCAAGGGCAGAGCACAGGGUACCCUCAUGAUCUAAACAAACAGUCCCAAGUGCCCCCUAGACUCUCAGCACAAAGUGCUGGGCUGGUACAACCAACAAUGUAUCAGCAACAGAACAUGAGACCUCAGGGUUCCAUGCCUUUUUUCAGACAACCCGCUCCAGCAGGGAGUGUGAUAACUAGCAACCAAUAUCAACAGCAGAUGGCUCAGGCACCAAAUUCACAAUAUACACAGCCUGGCAUGGCAGCCACCUAUCAGCUGAUGGCGGCUCCUGGGCAAAAUUUCCCAAUUAUGUUGCAACCAUCACUGAAUAUGCAGAACAUGCAGCCACCUAGAAUGCCUAAUUCCCAGUACCCAAAUAUGGGUAACAGUAAUCAACAAAAUGUGCAUUACCAAAUGGCACAGCCCCCCACUUCUCAGACAUACUACAACAAUCCACAAAUGAUGUAUAAUCCCCAGGCAAAUCGCCCACCAUCCAAUCCACCUUUACAGCCUGAGAAGAGAGUGAAGAAAACAAUAAUGAUUCAAGAUCCUAACACAGGCAAAGACCUCACAAAUGAAAUUCUUCAUACAAGAGAGUCAAAAGAAGGAGCAUCGCAUACAUCCACUCCACCAAGUGGUCAGGGCUCAGGGUCAAGAGGAACUCCAGAUACGACUGCUGCUCCUCCUCAAGUGACUCAAAAUAGUAACAUUGCAGCUCAGUUUGCUGCUCAAGUUGCUGCCACAUUGCGAUCAGAAGCAAGAUCAGCAGAGCUAGCUGCUGCUGGUCACCCAGAAAAUUCAGAGGAGCCACAAGUGGACUCGUCAACCUUAGCUAGUGAAGUGUCGGAUAUCCCUACUGAGAAUGAUCUGACAGCUUCUGUUUCUGAACAUGUGGACAGUGCAUCAUUAAAAGAUGCUUCAAAUGAACAUUUAGCUGAAGCUAAAAGUAGUUCCCUAAGUCUUUCAAACAGUGUGUCGGACUCUAAUGAAGAAGAGAGCUCUAAAGAGCCCAAGGACUUGUCUGUAGAGAAAAGUGAGGCAUCCGUUCCCAUCACAGGAAAUGAGCCUCCGUUAUUAUCUACCUCUACAGCAGAGCCAUCUACAGAGGCAACCCCAAGUAGUGAAGUGCAGGCCUCAUCAUCUGAGGAAUUAAAGAAGGAAAGUGUCUCUCAGUCAGCUCCAGAGCGAGAGGAGAAAAAGGAGGUGGUUCAGCAAAAAGAGAAAGCCAGCUCAGAAGAUGUCUCAAGAGAUGUCAAACCAGAACCAGCCACUGAUGUUCCACAUAAAGAAACAGCUGAUGUGAAGAAAAACAAGAAGAAGGCCAAAGAUUUUAACAAGAAAGACAUGUCAGGAACUGAUAUGGAUGCUUUUGUGGAUAGCUCGCCUUCAGAAUCUGAAUCAAGAACUAGUGUGGAAGAACCAAAAGAGACAGCAGUACCUGUUCAAGCAGAAGUGCCAAAAGUAGAAAUUAAGAUAGAGGAUGAAAAUAAAGUGGUCCAGGAAGAAAAUGAGAAAAACCAGGAGAAAAACAAAGAGGCAAAUGAAUCCUCUGAAGCUGAUAAGUCAACCCCAGAACUCAAAUACAAAUACAAAGAAGACCAGUGGAGUCCUCUAAAUCCAGAGGGCAAGCGCCUUUAUGACAGGGAUUUUCUUCUUAGUGUUCAGUAUUCCUCAGAAUCCACCCAAAAACCUGCAGGCCUACCUGACCUUCCAGAAAUCAUUCUUGAUAAGCCCCACAGCUCACAAUCAAAUAGGUCAUCCUUUUCAAGUUUCAACCCAGAUCCUGGACGGUCGUCAUUUGAUUUUACCCCAGGAUUUGUGCGAGGAGGACCCUCUAGAGGUCCAUCCAUGACUAAAAGAGAUAGCAGUCAGAGAAACAGAGGAGGUGGAGCCACCCCAAGAAAGGUCAUCUCUAUUGGUUCCAUCACACAGGAUGUUACCCUCCACAAAGCAGAGUCUGCAUGGAAGCCUGGAAGAAAGCAGGAGCAGGCAGAGGUUGAUGAUGAUACCAAAAAAACAGAGGAGUUGUACAAGAGAGUGCGCAGUGUUCUCAACAAACUUACGCCACAGAAAUUCCAAACUCUGGUGAAGCAGGUUUCUGAAAUGGAUAUUACCACUGAAGAAAGACUAAAAGGUGUUACUGAUCUGAUAUUUGAGAAGGCUAUUAGUGAACCUGGUUUCAGUGUUGCAUAUGCCAGUAUGUGCCGUUAUUUAGCUAUGAUUAAAGUAGCUUCCACUUCCAAACAAGGAGAGUAUGUAAAUUUUCGUGCAAUAUUGUUGACAAGAUGUCAGAAAGAGUUUGAAAAAGACAAGGAUUCUGAGAAAGAGAUGGAGGAAAGGAGGAAAGUCAUUGCCGAAACCACGGAUCCUAAGAAACGUGAAGAAUUAUGUGAGGAAUUGGAAUUCUCUGAGACAAAGGCAAGAAGGCGGUCAUUGGGAAAUAUCAGGUUUAUUGGAGAGUUAUUCAACCUGAAGAUGUUGACGGAAAAUAUCAUGCAUGACUGCUUGUUCAAACUUCUGAGAGCUAAGGAUGAAGAAAGCUUAGAAUGUUUGUGCAGGCUUCUCUCAACCAUUGGAAAAGAAUUGGACACAGAUAAAGCCAGGCCGAGAAUGGACCAGUAUUUUAAUCAGAUGGAUAAGGUAGUACAAGAGAAGAAGACGUCUUCGAGAGUGAGAUUCAUGUUACAAGAUGUCAUUGAUCUCAGAAAGUGUAAAUGGAUUCCAAGGAGAGAUGAAAGCAAUCCCAAGACAAUUGAUCAGAUCCACAAAGAAGCCCAGAAAGAAGAGCAAGAAAGGCAGAUAUUCUUACAACAAGCAACCGCUCAGCAAAAAGCCCAAGGAGGAAGAGGGGGUGGAGCUAGAGGAUCAAGGGGGCCACCUGGAUCUGGAAUGGGUGCUAGUGAUGGAUGGAACACUGUUGGCAAACCUAAUAUACGAGUGGAGAGACAGUCCAUUGACCCUUCAAGGCUUAAAAUCACUAAGCAAAACUUGGAUGAGUCCAAUAUUCAGCUAGGUCCUGGUGGGGGCACAAACCGAUUCUCUGGCUGGCAAAGAGGAAGCACUGGAGGAGGAGCACGAAACUCCGUGGAACAAGAAAAAUCCAACGCACCAAGCAACAGGUUCUCUGCACUUAGUAAACCAGAGGAUGACAGUAGGGGUAGAUUUGGCACUAGUCCAGCACGUGGUGAUAGCCGUGGCCGAGGCUCUGGUGGAUUUGGUCGCCCACAAAGUCGAGGUAUCACUCCCAGGUCUUCCAUGGAGCAAGAGAAGGAACGAGCCCUUGCAGCUGUCAGGGAUGUUGUUGGUGGUCAAACCACACCACGUCAAGGCCAGAGCAGAGAGAGCAGUAGAGGGCGAGAACCUCACAGAGUGGAGAUUGAAAAGAGUAGCAAAACAGCUCCACCCACUGCCAAAGAGCUUACUGAUGAAGAGAUGGAAAAGAAAACCAAAACUAUUUUGGAUGAAUAUCUACAUUUACAAGAUAUCAAGGAGGCCAUUCUCUGUGUUGAGGAGCUGAAAUCCCCAUCUGUGAUGCACACCUUUGUUAGUUCAGCAGUGAACUAUGUCUUGGAGAGAUCCAACAUAGCAAGGAACCAGACUGGCCUUUUAUUGCAUGAUCUAGUCAUAAAGAAUGUUUUAUCUGUCCCAGUGUAUAUUCAAGGUCUUACUGAAGUUAUUCAGUAUGCUGAAGACAUGGAAAUUGACAUUCCAAAAAUCUGGCAGUACUUCGGUGAGCUGAUCGGUCCAAUGGUUCAAGAUGGAAGUGUUCCUCUAAACUUCCUUCGCAAGGCCGCCGAACCUCUGAAAGAAAACAACAAAGCUGGACUUUUAGUUGCUGAGGUUUUGCAUGCUGCUAGUCAUAGAGAGGGCCACAAAAAAGUUGGAUCUCUGUGGAGACAAUCUAGUCUACAAUGGGAAGACUUUAUGCCUGCUGGUGAUGUGAAGAAAUUCAUUGUUGACAAAAAAGUUGAGUUUACUGCUGGAGAUGACAGUCAACCAAGCACCCCCACAGUCUCCAUAUCUAUGGAAGCUAUUCAGGACAAACUGCACCACCUCCUCAUCAAGGAAAAAACUGAUAAUGAAGUGAUCUUUGACUGGAUUGAGGAGAGUGUUGAUGAUCCAACUAUGAAGAGCAACAAGUUUAUCCGUGCUUUGAUGACAUCGGUUUGUGAAAGUGCAAUAACUGGCUCUGGAAGCAGUGCACGUGUGUUGCCUGAAGUUAUCAAGAACAGAGGAGAUUUGCUGCAGAAAUACUUGGACCACCGAGCAGAAUCAGAAUUGCAGGCACUUUAUGCAUUACAAGCCCUGGUGCACAAGUUGGAGCAUCCACAAGGAGUAUUGCGCACACUGUUUGAUACACUGUAUGAUGAAGACAUUAUUUCUGAGGAUGGAUUUAAUCAGUGGGAGAAAAGCAAAGACCCUAAUGAACAAGAAGGAAAAGGUGUAGCAAUGAAACAAGUUGUACAGUUCUUCACCUGGCUUCGUGAAGCUGAGGAUGAUGUCAGUGACAGCUGAGGAUAAUUUAAUUAUAGAUCUUGGAAGAAAUUGGGAGGAGGGGAAUUUAUAUAAAUAUCUAUUUAUCCAUGUGAAUUUUCAGUGAAAACGAGUGCUUCUUGUGGAAACAUGCAUGUCAUUUUCUUGGAACUGAUGAUGAUUUAUUUUCUCAGUCAAGAUUUCAUUUGUGGUGAUCUAGCCAUUUUCACCGUUUUCAUGUGCCCUUAAUUGUUGGAAAUCAUGUUGUUACAGAUUGUUUUCAAGUGAAUGUUAUAAGUUUCCAUGCUUUCUGUGAGCAUUUUGGGUUACUGUUUGGUGUGACUGCCAACCAGAUUUAUAAACAAUAAACCAUGGUUAAAAACCACAUGUACAUGUACGAAGGCUGUGCAAACUGUGCAUUUUUUAUUGCAGAAAAAGACUGCAUUAAUUGCUCAUUAUUUGUCUGCAUGGUUAGUUGUUGUCAGAAAGAAUGUAUCAUGAAAUGAUUGAUGAUGUUUCUAAUUACUGAUUGAUGAAAAACCUCUGGUGCUAUUAAACCUUGCUGGACUCUUUCAUAACCAGAAUGAACAAGUUGAAAAACCACUUGGUAAUUAGCAAACAACAAACCAUAGAAUGUAUGUUGUGUAUGUAUGUUGGAUAUUGCAGUUUUUGGUGCAAUUCAUUGCUACUAUUUAUUUAUUUUAUUUUGGAGACAUACUGCCUACUAUAUGAUAUGCAAGUGUAAAUUGUUUCUUAUUAAUAUUUUUGUAUAUUUCAUGACUAUUAUUUCUGAUGUGAUAAUAGAAUCUUCAGAAAAAAAUUAUAUGAAUCUAUUAAUCUGUCUUUAACAAUGUGAUUUAUAAGCACAAUACAUUGUUAAAUGAUUUAGUAGGAAACUUCUCUGUUGGUAUAUGUAAAUUUUACAAAGUUUAAAUAUAGUAUUAUAGAAAACUCUGGUUAUUUUCUGUUACCGUGAAUGUCUCUGAUAAACUUGCAUUAUGUCAUUGAUUUCAAGUGCCCCCGUCUUGGUUUGUCAUUAUUUUGCUGUUAGACCUCUGUAAAUAGUCAAUAAUCAGACGGACGUCUGAUUCCAAAAGCUUUCUUUUCACAUUGUCAAAUGUCUUGAUUUAUAUGCUACUGAUUUUUCAAACUAAAGGGGUUGUAAAUGAAAAGAAGAAACAUUAAAUUGCAAUUGAAAAGCA